AUGGCGGCGGCUGCGAAAGACAUCGUGACACGGCGAGCUGUGGCGGCGACGAUCAAGCUUACCGUCCCAGCUGGAGGAGCACGACCAGCACCUCCUGUGGGCCCUGCGCUAGGUCAGUACAGGCUGAACCUGAUGGCGUUCUGCAAGGACUUCAACGCGAGGACUCAAAAGUACAAGCCUGACACUCCGAUGGCCGUGAAGAUAACGGCGUACAAGGACAACUCAUUCGAGUUCACCGUCAAGUCUCCGUCCGUGUCGUGGUACAUCAAGAAAGCGGCGGGGGUUGAUAAAGGGAGCACGCGUCCGGGGCAUUUGACGGUGACGACGCUUUCCGUGAGACACGUGUACGAGAUCGCGAAGGUGAAGCAGACGGAUCCGUUUUGUCAGUAUAUGCCGUUGGAGUCGAUCUGCAAGUCUAUCAUUGGUACCGCUAACUCCAUGGGGAUCAAGAUCGUUCAGGAUUUGGAGUGAUGAAAUGAGAGUGGAAUCGAUCAAAUCUUAUUGCACUUCGAAAUGGUCUUUUGUCUUGUCUAAUAAUCGUGAAUUUUAGAUUGCUCUGUUUUCUGCAUGUUAUUGCUUGUUUCAAUGGAUAGCUGAGCUCCAAAACUUUGCAAUUAUCAUUACGAAUCUAAGUAGAGAUUGAAACUGAGAUUCAGUUUUGUUCUGGAA